CCAAAUCUUAUCUCUCUCUCGCUCCGAGCUUCUUCAUCAAUGGACCUCUUCUCGCUCCAAUCCGUCCUCCUCUUCCUCUCCAUCUCCCUCUACUUCUACUUCUCCUUCUUCCACCCACAUCCCCACCACAUUAAGCCCGCCAAAACCCCCGGCUUCACGCUCUACCCCGUCGUCGGAGCCCUCCCGGACUUCCUCAGGAACCGCCACCGCUUCCUCGACUGGAUGGCCGACGUCCUACCCUCCGCCCCGGCCAACAGCGUCGUCUUUUGGCGUCCCGGCGGCGUCCGCGGCGUCAUCACCGCGAACCCCGCCGUCGUCGAGCACGUGCUGAAGUCCCGCUUCGAGAACUACCCCAAGGGCGACAAGUUCAUCGCCCUCCUCCGCGACUUCCUCGGCAAGGGGAUCUUCAACUCCGACGGCGAGCUCUGGAGGGUCCAGCGCAAGACGGCGAGCUACGAGUUCAACACCCGGUCGCUGAGGCAAUUCGUCAUGCGCAGCGUGACCGUCGAGAUGGAGACCCGGCUGGUGCCGAUCCUGUCCCGGGCCCAGGAGACGGGUCGUGUCCUGGACCUGCAGGACGUGCUCGAGCGUUUCGCGUUCGACAACAUUUGCAAGCUCGCCUUCAACGUCGACCCCGGGUGCCUCGCCGGCGACGGCACAGGCGAGGGGGAGUUCAUGCGGGCGUUCGAGGACGCCGCGAUGAUCAGCUCCAAGCGGUUCAUGUACGCCUGCCCGUUGAUGUACAGGGUCAAGAGGUGGCUCAACGUGGGGUCGGAGCGCCGGCUGAGAGAGUCGAUCGCGACGGUCCACGAGUUCGCCGAGGACAUCAUACGGUCGCGGAUGGAAGAGAACAGAGAGGCUCGCGACGAGGAUUUGCUCUCCCGAUUCAUCGGCCACGAAAUCGUCCACGAAAAUGGCUCCGCUUCCACCGAGUACCUUCGAGAUAUCGUGAUCAGCUUCAUCCUCGCCGGGCGCGACACCACCUCGUCGGCGCUGACCUGGUUCUUCUGGUUGCUCUCGUUCAACCCGGUAGUGGAACGGAAAAUCUUGAGCGAGCUCGAGAAACUCCGGAAACAAAACGGGAGAAGUUUCGGAGACCCGUGCGGUAUGGAGGAACUGAGGGACAUGCACUAUCUGCACGCGGCCAUCUCAGAGGCGAUGCGGUUGUAUCCGCCUGUGCCGGUGGAUACCAAGUCCUGCCUAGAGGACGACGUCUUGCCGGACGGAACCUUCGUAGGGAAGGGCUGGUUCAUCACGUACAACACGCACGCGAUGGGGAGGAUGGAGAGUAUAUGGGGCGAGAACUGCCACGAGUUUGUGCCCGAGAGGUGGAUCGAUGAGGGCGGGCUCUGCCGGGCGGAGAGCCCAUUCAAGUACCCGGUCUUCCACGCCGGGCCAAGGAUGUGCCUCGGGAAGGACAUGGCGUACAUCCAGAUGAAGUCGAUCGCGGCCUCCGUGUUGGAGAGGUUCGAGAUAGACGUGCCGGGGCGGGGCACGAGCCCCGAGCACCUGCUGUCGUUGACGCUGAGGAUGAAGGGCGGACUUCUCGUGAGGGUGAGGAAGAGAUGUGUUGACUGACUCCUCCAUGAGAGCUGCUGGUUAGCAAUAACAAGAUGGAUUCGCGUGAAUGUAACGUAUGACUAAUCUGUGUUUGUUUUCCUUUGGCGUAUUUAACUUUGUCUCCAAGUUCUCAUGGUGGAAACAAAGCUAAUGCAUUCCUUAAUUUCGACAA